AUGGAAGUUGAGAAAGUGAUCAGUAUUCAGACAAAAGAUAUUAAAGAACUGUUUGAGCCUUUCAAAGAGAGCAUCAAAGAGGAGAUUGCGCAGAUACUAGGAGAAAAGUAUGUCACAAAUGAGGACAAAUUUCAAUUAGCACUUCGCUCUCUUCUGAAGAAAGCCUCCUUAAAAGACUGCGUGCUUGUAGAGAAUCUUGAUGACAGAAACCAGAGAGAGGACUUGCAGUGUAUGGCUGCAAACAUGCACUACAUCCAAUACGCAGCAGAAGAAAAACAGCGCAUUGUUAACAUGCUGGCAUCUGGUGCGCUCAACACAAAUGAUGCUUUUAGUAUGAUGCUUGCAUGUGUUCAGAAAGAGCUGGACAAAAGAGCAAAAAUAUACACAAAUGUGGUAUAUGGCAGAAAAAAGAUGGAAAGUGCAGGAGUUGAUGCAAUUGACUCGCUAAACUACUAUUUAUCAUGCCAAGGAAGAGAAGAAACAAUGCCACCGCUACUUCGAUCUCUUUUAAGAAAGAUUUACACAAACUUUGAAAACUGUCCAGAGAGGCUUUUUGACGUACCAGCAAGCUCAAAGGAAGAGAUCAUAAGCGCAAUAGAUGGAUAUAGUAUAGAGCAGCUACUUGGUUACUGCGAGUAUAGGCUGGACACCAGUGAAGGCGCACCAGAAGAUGAACUUUUAAUGUUUACGCAUAUGCAUGCAUUUGUACAGGGUGUGCUAGAGCACUGGGGCGAAAUUCGAGGAGAAAGUCCGAAUACAGCAGAGGCAAAGCCAAAAGAAAUACUUAAUCUUUUCCAGGAGGCGUUUGACUGGACUCUUCCAGAGAGCACACAGAAAAAGCACAGAGACAACCUAAUAGAAAUCAUACAGAAAAAAGUAGACUACCUCCAGGCACGAAUAAAGGCCAAAAUGGCCAUAUUCGGAGAGAUGGACACAGCAGCAGAAAACCUUCUGUUUACUCUGACAAAAAAGAACAUAGAAGAGAGCAAGGACAAAGACAGUAAAUCAUCUUUGGGUUUGUAUAAGUGCUUUUUGUCGUUUGCUAAGUCGAUCUUUAUACUUAUUUUCAUGCUGAAUACUAUUGUACUGAGCGAGAACUCUGAGUGGAAGAAUCUUUUUACAACAAAAAAGCUUCUAAAACUUAUUUCUCCCAUUCUGUGCCUGGGAUCCAUAGCACAGCUAUACGCAAACCCAAUGCUGCUGAAUAGAAGAAAGAUAGACAGCAGUGGAUACACAAAAUACCCAGAAGACUUUGUAUUCCUUUUAGUAUUCUUUAUUAUUAUGUCUAUUGUGCUGUGCAUUAUGUUCCCAUAUAGCUUGCAGAACUAUUCACUCUAUGUGCUUGAGCUGAUGCUGUUCAUAAUUAGUGUGAUAUGCAAUAUGAGGAGACUAGCAGCAAGCACAAAGAGUCUUCUAUUUGAUGAUAGAUUAUUGUCAGACCGCGUAUUCUACUUCAUAUACUGCCUUCUCUCACUAAUCAUGGUUGUUGGACUUCACUUUUACUCUACUAAUUUCCCAGUUAUUAGCAAUAAUGAGGCUCUUAAUGCAUUAGUGCUCUUUUAA